AUGGAAAUUGUGGCUGGCAUGAUUCAUCCGUACGGUCAAGUCAGUCGAGACUGGCCGCGCUCUGCCCUUCGCAAUGUUAGACCUCCAACACGAUGGAUGGGCGUGGUGUCGCUUGUCGCAACAAAUCCACCACGUCUGACUUUUCUUGACACUGACGCCAUCUUCUCACUUCUCAAACGAUCUCGUUUUCACUCGUUUUGCUAA